GAUUCUCUAAAUACUAACAAAUUUUAAAGAAAAGUAGUUCAAUCUAAAAAUCAAUAACUAAUAUUAAUAUUAACAAUUUUAAUAAAUAUCAAAUUUUAUAAUGUUUAAUUCAAUGACAAAAGAAAUUAGAUUUUUAAAGAAGCUAUUAAUAGUGAUAAUAUCUUUAUCAUUAACAAGAGGAGAUCUUUCAUGCAAAGGAAUAUACUAAUAAGAUGUUGCAUUCUAUGUUAUCUAAUCUAUGCCUUACGACGUUUAAGUAAAAGAACAAAUAUAUUUUGGUUACACCGAUGAUCAAAAUUUAAGAUCUACUUUUAAUUACUCUCCAUAAAAUCUACUUUUUAAUUCUUCCUCACCAAUAUCUCUUUUAAUUUCAUAAAUAAAUGAUGAUCCAUCAAUAAAGUUUAUUUAAUGGGAUAAUAAUUAAGGAAAGAGUAGCCUUUCUUCUUUUUCUAAAGGUUUAGUUGCUAUUUAAGAAGAAUCAGAACAUGGAUUGUUUUUUGGGUAUAGCAUGAAUAACUUUUUGAAAAUUAAUAAAUCUAAAAUUGAAAUGAAUCUCAAUCAAUAAGAUCAAAUGUUUGGCUAAUAAUUCUUUUGUAUUUCUCUAGACUUAGAAAAUUUAGAAAAAUUAGCAGAAAAUUUGUUGAUUACAAAAAUUAAUGUUUAAUUUAGUAAUAUAUCCUCUUAAUUAAAAUUUAAAAAUCUCUCUAGACUUCAAAAUUAUUUAAAUAUUCACUAUCCACUCGAUUACAAAACAGUUGAUUUGAAUUUAAUAAAUUCAGAAGUAAUUGUUAAAAUGAUCACUUAAAAUUAUUGGAUUUAUUAUAACACCAAUAUAUCAUCUGAUUUUGAAUCAUUGACUAUAGAUGAUUAAAUAUCUGCAAUAUUAAAUUGUGAUAUUCUUUUUAAAAACUCUAAGCCAUCUGUAAAUUAAUGCUAACCUCAUUAUACUUCUGAGACUAUCUUAACUAUUCAACAUAAAAAUUAUAAAUUAGACUCAAAAUAAGAUAAAUCAAAAUGGAUCCUUUGUAAAAAUAAUAAUCAAAAUACAACACCUUUUAUCUGUUUAAGUGAUUUAGAUAAUUACACACCACGCUACUUUCAUGGUGGUAACCUAUUCUGCUUUAAGAGCAAAUAACUUCAUUAAUUAUAUUCUAAUAUGAUCUCAUCAAUCAAUUUUUGUACUUUAGACGAUAUACUUCAUUCAAAACCUAGAGAUAAUAAAUUCACUGAAUUAUAAAACGAAAAUAAAGAAGAAAAAGAAAAUCCUUAAAAUUAUUAUUAAGAUAUCUGAUAAUAACAAUUGCUAAUUGCAGAUUUUUUAUUUGUAUUAGAGAGUUAAACAGAUAAAGGUUAGACCUAUAACUAUUUAUAUUU